AUGUUUGCGUUUGCGAUUUUGGUAUUGGUAGCUGAUACUGCAACAACAGUGUCUUCCACUCCGCGAUACAAUGAAGUUGGUGUACAGCAACUCAGUGAUCGCAUCUUCUCUCAGAUAUUUCCCGGGGGCUCCGAACCGCCGCCUGAGGAGCUGGUAAAGCUGUCUAGAGAUCAUUUGACACGACACGACCUCUAUGGAAAGAAUACGGAUAACUCUGACCCCAUCGCUUUCGACCUGCCCGAACUCAAGGGCGAGACCCUCGACGAACACUUUUACAAGCUUGGAAUCGAUUGCGCCGAACCAUAUUUGCGGCUGGCUAAAGAAUUCGCUUGCGCUAAUGUCCCUCUUAAGCCGAAGCAAUGGGUGCGACAGAGUGGGUGGACCAAAUAUUACUCUGAUGGGACGCCACCGGAGUCGGUGGAAGCGCCUGAUGAAGAAAUGUUGUGUUUUGACACAGAGGUCAUGUAUAAAAAACACCCCUUCGCAGUAAUGGCUUGCGCAGUUAGCCCUACGGCUUGGUAUUCUUGGCUAUCCCCUUGGCUACUGGGCGAGACCGACAACGAGCGACAGCUAAUCCCGAUUGGCGACCCAACCAAAGACCGCAUCGUUGUGGGACACAAUGUCGGGUAUGAUAGAGCCAGAAUACUGGAAGAGUACAGUCUUAAGCAAACUCGAACUGGAUUCCUCGAUACCAUGUCGCUGCACGUUGCUGUUAAUGGUAUGUGCUCACGACAACGCCCGACCUGGAUGAGAUUCAAGAAAAAUCGAGAGACGAGAGAAAGAGUCGCUAGCGGAGACGUUGAUCAGGGCUUGGCGGAGCUUUUGAAAAAUAAAAGCAUACACGAAGAAGAGGAGCUGUGGCUUGAGAAAAGUUCAAUCAACUCACUGCAGGAUGUUGCCAAAUUCCAUCUCAAUGCCACCAUCGACAAAAGUACGCGUGAUGAUUUUGUCGAGCUGGACCGCAAAGUCAUAUUGGAAAAGUUGGAUCGGCUCCUGGAAUACUGCGCUGCAGAUGUGUCCACCACCCACAAAGUAUAUCAAAUCGUCCUCCCCAGCUUUUUGAACGUUUGCCCACAUCCAGUCAGCUUCGCUGCCCUGCGGCACUUGUCAUCUGUCAUCCUACCGGUCAACGAGACUUGGGAGUCAUACCUCGCCCAUGCGGAUGCGACAUAUGAGAAACUAACUGCAUCGGUCCAGAAGAGGCUAGAGGAGCUGGCGAAUAAGGCUUUGGAAAUAAAGGAGAAGCCCGAGAUUUGGAAAAAUGAUCCCUGGAUGAUGCAGCUGGACUGGUCUGGCCAAGAAAUUAGGAUGGUCGGGGGUAAACGCAAGAACGAUCCAAUAAGACAGGAUGGAAGACAGAAGAAAGCAGGCGAACCGAAAUGGUAUAAAGAUCUCUUUGCCAGCAACAAAGCUCCCAUCAACCUAACGGUGCGAACUCGCAUUGCGCCCUUGCUAUUAAAGUUAGCUUGGGAUGGGCAUCCAUUAUUCUGGUCUAACCAGUAUGGCUGGGUGUUUCGAGUCAACCCGGCCGAUGUGUCCAAAUACACCGCGAAGCAAAUGCCGGAGUGCAUCUUUGGUGAAUCUGAUCCUGCUCUGCGCGACGAUUGGGGGCACUCAUACUUUAAGCUCCCUCAUAAGGAUGGCCCCACUGCUCGCUGCUCGAAUCCUAUGGCAAAGGGAUAUCUCAACUAUUUCGAAAAUGGAACUUUAUCAUCAGAGUAUGAGUAUGCGAAAGAGGCGCUGGAAAUGAAUGCUUCAUGCUCCUACUGGAUGAGUGCGCGCGACAGGAUAAGGUCCCAGAUGGUCGUCUACGAGCACGACAUAUUCGCCACCAAAAAAGAGGCCAAAGAGAUGGAAGUUGGAGAGAAGCGUCAAGGCUUCAUCUUGCCCCAGGUUAUCCCAAUGGGCACAAUCACUCGGCGCGCAGUCGAGAUCACCUGGCUCACAGCAAGCAAUGCCAAGAAGAACCGUGUUGGGUCUGAAUUGAAGUCGAUGGUCAAAGCUCCAGAUGGCUACUGCUUUGUGGGUGCCGAUGUAGACUCGGAAGAGCUCUGGAUUGCUAGCCUCGUGGGCGAUGCAACGUUCAAAAUCCAUGGCGGAAAUGCAAUUGGUUUCAUGACGCUUGAGGGGACAAAAGCUGCAGGCACAGAUUUGCAUUCGCGGACAGCGGCAAUCUUGGGCAUCACUAGAAAUGACGCGAAAGUCUUCAACUACGGGCGUAUUUACGGAGCUGGACUGAAAUUUGCUGCGACUCUUCUUCGACAAUUUAAUCCUGCACUCAGUGAACAAGAGACAAUGGAUAUUGCCAAGAGGCUGUACGCCAACACCAAAGGCACGAAGACCAAAUGCAAGGCAAUAAACGAGCACACAUUCUGGAGAGGCGGAACAGAGUCAUUUGUAUUUAACAAGCUGGAAGAAUUCGCGGAACAGGAUUGGGCCCGAACACCAGUGUUGGGAGCAGGCAUCACGCAAGCCCUUAUGAGUCGCUUUGUGAGCAAGGGCAGCUAUCUUCCUUCCCGCAUUAAUUGGGCCAUUCAAUCCUCAGGCGUCGACUAUCUCCAUUUGCUGAUCGUUUCUAUGGAUUACUUGAUCCGCCGGUUCAACCUCGAUGCUCGACUAGCCAUCACUGUCCACGACGAAAUUCGGUAUCUGGUGAAGAAUGAGGAUAAAUACAGGGCUGCACUUGCACUCCAGGUUGCAAAUAUCUGGACCCGUGCCAUGUUCGCACAACAAGUGGGAAUCAACGAUCUUCCACAAUCCUGCGCUUUCUUCUCUGCUGUCGAUAUUGAUCACGUUCUCCGCAAGGAAGUUAACAUGGACUGCAUCACUCCAAGUCACGAAACUCCGAUUCCUCAUGGUGAGAGCCUAGAUAUCCAGACACUCCUGGAUAAGGGCCUUGACGCGCAACUCGACUCCUCCAUCGUUCCGGAUCCUAAGUUGGCCCCGAAGCUUGAUGAUAUAGCGUAUAUACCGCGCACUCCUGUAAUGCAAACGCUUCAAGAGUCCUCGCAGAGCAAUAUUUCGUUUAUCAAAGCCCAGAUCGUGAGCAAUGAAGAGGAGUUGCAAGGUAUCGUCAAGGAUGUGCGGAAGCUUACGACGUCGAGGCCUACAACAUCGAGGCCUACAACCCCGAAGCCUACAGCGCCGAAGCCUCAAGCAAAUGAUGUGCUUUUUUACCAAAAUCCAUGGUUGACGGACUUUGGCAGCAGCCAGCCCAGAUCGAACUCCAACUUCUACAGGUAUCAGGAUGGGAGUCGGAGUGCGAGGGUCAAUCAAAAGCACAAUGCUUCCCCUGGGUCAUUUCAUUAA